CAAGGUCGCGUCAUAGGCGGCACACCCAACAGUGCGCACCUCGCCUAGGGCCCUUUGGCAGCUAACGGAAACCUCUCUGAGCUACUGACUCCAUUUGAAGGACCCGACCUUGCAGACCUGCUUCUCAUGGGCAGUUACCUGAGCCGGCCCCGCCCUGGGCCGCUGUGCCCUUUUCUGCAGCUCCAGCACCCGCCAGAGACACCUGAGAGCCUGGGGCCCUCGCACGCCUUGGGCCCCUUUCCCCCGACCUGCCCGGUUCCCUCGGUGGCUCAGGCCCUGGACCUCACUCGCAGGCUGUCAUGCGAGAAUCUUGUGGUUUCACCCCGUCGUCGCCGUCGGUACCGUCGUCGGCGGUUUGCCAUAGUCCAUCAGCGGCAAUAUCCGAUUGAGCAGGCCCGGAUUUUAUUUCUGGAGGUCUUUUCCUCAGUGCCCCACACCCGCCACCUGAUGCCGGCGUUGCCUGCUUGCAGGCCCAACAUGUUCUGCCCUUCAGUGAUCCUGAAGAUGGCAUCUGCUAACGGCAAACUGACACUCUGUUUGCCUCUGAAGGAGACAGUCCUCUGUAUGUGGUCUUCGCUGUCCGGUCACCUCCCAAAUCCUAGUGAAAAGGAGACCUUGAUGAGGGCCCUCAAAGAGAAUGGUCAAGCAAAAGCCAAAGAUAAGGACCUGACCUCCCUGGUUGGGAGCGGGGAAGAGCUGGCAAAGCCGGAGGAAAGGCACCCAGUCCCCAAGGGGCAGGAUGAUCUGAGAGUGGACGCUGAGUGCAGUGGGAGCAUGCAGUCAGCCUUUAGGCGCCUAAUGGUCAACGGAGUCCUCUCUUCCUUUGUGCCCAGGCCUGGCCCUCUGAAGGGAGACUUCCCUUCUAGGAGCUUCGAAUACAGCCUGAUUAAGAUGUCCCACACCUGCUUUCUGAGUUCAAGCAGCAAACGCAAUGCCAUCACCAGCUCUUACAGCUCCACUGGAGGGUUCCCACUGCUGCCGAGGAGCUUCCCAGGCACAGCUGGGAUCCAGGGCCCAGCCUCAUACCAGCCCCAAGUGCCCGCAAAGAAAGCCAGUGAGAAAAGCUAUCAUUCUAGCUCUUCAUCCACAGUAGAACCACGGAGGAAGAUCAAGCAUGAAAAUGUUGCAGAUGCACCUUUCUGGCAGAAGCAAAGUUUGAGGGAUUGCUCACCUCCACCUGACAGUUCCAGGCCCCAGAAACGCAAGAUUCCUCUGCUGCUGUUCUCCAGGCAACAUGACCCACUGAUCCUGCCCCGACUGCCCCAGCUAGGUUAUCACGUCACUGCUGAAGACCUUGACUUGGAGAGGAGAGCUGCAAUCCAGCGGAUCAACAAGGCCUUGGAAGGAUGAUGGAGUUAAUAUCCAGACCAAACUUGAAGACAGUGACAUCAUGACUCAUCUGCAUAUGAGCUGACCCUCUAAUAUGAGUGCAUAUAUUGUACUCUGCGCUUGUAGUGCAGUAUUACAUUCCAUGUAGGUCAUUUUGAUACUUAAAUAAGAUAAUCAUCUAAAGUGCUGUCAUAUCUGA